UGUUACCGCACGCUGAUCGCUGCGUACUCGUUGCACCUGAACGGAGCACCGGAAGGGCCGGCCGGCACCGGUAAGACGGAAACGACAAAGGACCUGAGCAGAGCUAUAGCGAUACAGUGCGUGGUGUUCAACUGUUCGGAGGGUCUGGAUUACAAGAACAUGGGCAAGUUCUUCAAAGGUCUGGCCUCGUGCGGCGCGUGGUCCUGUUUCGACGAGUUCAACCGAAUCGAGCUGGAGGUGUUGUCGGUGGUUGGCCAGCAAAUACUCUGCAUCGCGCAGGCAGUCCGUGCCACCUUGGACACGUUCGUGUUCGAGGGCACGGAGUUGAAGUUGAACGCCGCCGUAUACGUUUGCAUCACGAUGAAUCCCGGCUACGCGGGUCGCACCGAGCUGCCGGACAAUCUGAAGGUGCUGUUCAGAAGCGUGGCGAUGAUGGUGCCGGACUACGCGAUGAUCGCCGAGAUAUUCCUCUACUCGUCCGGGUUCAGCAGCGCUCGCCAACUCUCCACCAAGAUCGUCACCACGUACAAACUCUGCUCCGAGCAACUGUCCACGCAGUCUCACUACGACUACGGCAUGCGAGCGGUGAAGACGGUGCUGACUGCCGCGCAGAAUAUGAAACUGCAAUUCCCAGACGAGGACGAAUCCGUGCUUCUGCUUCGCUCCGUCAUCGACGUCAAUUUGCCAAAGUUCUUAGCGCACGACGUCCCGCUAUUCCAGGGCAUCGUCACCGAUCUGUUCCCCAGGCUGGAACUCCCGUCUCCCAGUUACGACCUGCUGCUGCGAGCGGUGCACGAGGUCGCCGAGAAACGCAACCUGCAACCAGUGGACGGCUUCCUGUUGAAGAUUAUACAAACGUUCGAAAUGAUGAUCGUCCGGCAUGGAUUCAUGCUGGUUGGUGAACCGUUCGGUGGGAAGACCUCCGUGCUUCGUACGCUGGCCGACGCCCUCACAUUGAUGCACGCUCGAGGCGAGCAGAUCCACGGAGGAGCCACGAGGACCAAGUACUACACGAUCAAUCCAAAGUCGAUAACCCUGGAACAGCUGUACGGAUACUUCGACCCGGUCUCCUCCGAGUGGACCGACGGCAUUUGCGCGGUUGUGUUCCGAGCGUACGCCGGCGAGGACACGCCCGAUAGGAAGUGGAUCGUCUUCGACGGACCGGUGGACGCUCUGUGGAUCGAGAACCUCAACACCGUGCUCGACGACAACAAGAAACUCUGCUUGACCUCCGGCGAGGUGAUACAGAUGUCCGGCACGAUGUCGAUGAUCUUCGAGACGAUGGAUCUGGUGCACGCGUCGCCGGCCACGGUGUCCCGUUGCGGCAUGAUAUACGUGGAGCCGCGGGUUCUCGGCUGGCGGCCGUUCGUCCGUUCCUGGAUCAACAGGCUGAACCCCGCGUGGAGGGACGGCCAAGAGGAGAAGAUCGAGCAACUGUUCGACUGGCUGAUGGAGCCCUGUUUGGAAUUCAUUCGGAGAGCAUGCCGCACCACCAUCAACGCUGGCCAAAUCCACCAGGUCGUAUCGACCACCAACAUCUUCGAGAUGACGAUGGAGGACGCGGUGGACGAAAAUCCAAAAACGUACGGCCAAUACGUUGUACCUUGGCUGCAGGCGACCAUGCUGGUGUCGAUGGUCUGGGGAGCUGCUGCCACCCUGGACUACGCCUCGCGCGUAACGUUCAACGCCUUCUAUCUGACCGUUUGGAGGAACGAGCAAACGGAACAUCCGGUCCCCGAGUUUCUCCUCGAGUCGUUGAUCUCCCUGCCGACCGACGAGCUGAUCCACGAUUGCUUCUACACUUACCGGGGGCGAGGAGCGUGGCGACGCUUCGCCGACGUGGCGCGGCAGCAACGCUACCCGGACACCGGCAGUAUCGUUCAACUGAUGAUCCCCACCAUCGACACGGUGAAGUAUCAGAGUUUGUUCCUCAGGCACAUCAAUCGUCGCAAGCGUUUCCUGCUGUACGGGCAGACCGGUACCGGCAAGAGUUUCUACAUCAAGGAUCUGAUGAUGAACAAGCUGGACGAGCAGAGAUACUUGCCCAACUUGGUCGUGUUCACGCCGCACAUCACGGCCGCGCAGACGCACGAGCUGAUCGUGUCGAAGCUGUACAAGAGGCGGAGGAACCAAUUCGGCCCGAUGCCGGGCACACGCUGCGUCGUCUUCAUCGACGACGUGAACAUGCCGGCGAAAGAGACGUACGGCUGCCAACCGCCGAUCGAGCUCCUCCGCCAGUUCUUCGAUCACGAGAUUUGGUUCGACCUGAAGAGGCCGGAAAUCAUCCACGUGCACGACACCAUGUUCGUGUGCGCGAUGGCACCGCCAGGAGGCAGCAGGCAGGAACUGUAUCAGAGGUUCUUGAGGCACUUCAACCUGUUCAGCAUCGACAACUUCACCGACGACACCAUCCUCAGGAUCUUCACGAACAUCGCGUUCGUCGGCCUGCAACGCAAUGGCUUCACCACGGCCGUCAUGCCGAUCGUUCUUGACAUCGUGAACGCGACCAUGCACAUAUUCCACCAAGCGCAGACGGAGCUUCGACCGACACCAGCCAAGUCACACUAUCUUUUCAAUCUGCGCGACUUCUCCCGGGUGAUCACCGGCUGCGCCAUGAUCAAAGAGGAGUCCGUGCAGUCCAGGUCGGACUUCACGAAACUCUGGGUCCACGAGACGUUGAGGGUGUUCGGCGAUCGUCUGGUCGACGAGAACGACCGGCGCUGGUUGUUCUCGAGGAUCAAGGACGCAGUGGGAAGUAACAUGAGGGAGACGUUCGACACGGUGUUUGGCUACCUGCCGAAAUUCGACGAUCACAGCCUGACGGCGCAGAGCCUACGUAACCUGAUAUUUGGCACAUUCAUGGACGUCGAUACGAUACCGAGCGACCGCCAUUACGAGGAGGUGAAGUCGAUGGACCAGUACGCGGAAGUGGCCAUCUCUUGCCUCGAGGACUACAACCUCACGCACAGACGCAAGAUGGACAUCGUCCUGUUUCGCUACGCUCUCGAACACCUCGCCAGAAUCUGUCGGAUAUUGGUGAUUCCCUGCGGCAGCCUGCUGAUGGUCGGCGUCGGUGGAUCCGGUAGGCAGUCGUUGACGAGAUUGGCCGCCAACAUGGCGAAUCUCGGCCUCUUCCAGCCGGAAAUCGGCAGCGCGUACGACCUGCAAGAAUGGCGCGAUGAUAUAAAGAAGGUGCUGAUGAACUCCGGCGGUGCGGGCAAAGAUUUCGUGUUGCUACUGACCGAGGGGCAAAUCAAAAGCGAAAUCUUCCUGAACGAUAUCGACAGCUUGUUAAACUCGGGCGAGGUGCCGAACCUCUUCACUAUCGAGGAGAGACAGGAAAUAAUCGAGAUGACUCGGCUAGCCGCUCAGGGUGGCGACCGAAAUUUGGACAUAUCAGUGCUUGCGAUUCUCUCCUACUUCGUGAACCGUUGCAAAGAGAAGCUGCACAUAAUGCUGUGCUUCAGCCCGAUCGGUGACACGUUCAGAAUCAGGCUACGACUUUAUCCGAGCCUGGUGAAUUGCUGCACGAUAGACUGGUUCGACGUGUGGCCGGAGGAUGCCCUCGAACAGGUGGCCCUACGCAGCACCACCGCCAUCAAUAUCGACGAACAGGUGAAGGUCAACGCGGUGGCCGCGUGUAAGUUCUUCCACGUUUGCGCCAAGGACAUCAGCGCCCGGUUUUACAACAGCACCGGUAGGCAAACUUACAUCACAACGGCCGGAUUUCUCGAUCUGAUACGAACUUACACAGAACUGAUGAAAGAGAAGCAAGAGGCGCUCAUUUUCGCGAGGGAUAGAUACAUCAACGGACUGGAUAAAUUAGAAUACGCGGCCGAGCAAAUUGGUCAAAUGAGAGCAGUACUUUCGGAACUGCGACCCCAGCUUGAAGCGUCUGCCAAGGAGACCGCCGACACAAUGAAGAAAAUUGAGAUGGAAAAUAUCAGCGUUGAAAACGCGAGGAUCAUGGUGAAGAAGGACGAAGAUAUGGCAAACGUGCAAGCCGAGAUUGCAAAGAAUUUAAAGACAGAGUGCGAGGCGGAUUUAGCAGAAGCGUUGCCAGCUCUGAAUGAGGCACUAGCUCACACUGUCUUGCGUAUCAUUGCAGCCGCUUUGGACACUCUGAAGCCAGCAGACAUAACGGUUGUGAGAACGAUGAGAAGUCCUCCGGCUGGCGUGAAACUCGUAAUGGCUGCGGUAUGCGUGAUGCUGGACAUACCACCUAUCAAGGUAGAGGAUCCAGUCACCGGCAAGAAAGAACUCGACUACUGGACCCCGAGCAAACGUCUGCUAGGUGACAUGAGAUUUUUGGAAAAUUUGCGGCAUUACGACAAGGACAACAUUCCACCGCACAUAAUGGAGGAAAUCAAAACAACCUACAUGACGGACAAGAACUUCGAGCCAAAAGUUGUGGCUAGGGCAUCGUCGGCGGCCGAGGGUCUGUGCAAGUGGGUGAGAGCGAUGGUCCUGUACGACGCGGUGAUCAAAGUGGUCGCGCCGAAGAGGGCAAAGUUGGACGCCGCGCAACGGGAGUACGAGAACACUGUUAAAUUCUUGAACGAGAGACGCGAGAUGCUGGCCGUGUUGACGGAGAAGCUAAAUGUUCUCAACGAACGUCUGCGAGUAACCCUGGCGAGGAAGAUCGAGUUGGAAACCGAGGUGACGAACUGCAGGAACAAAUUGAUCCGGGCGGAGAAAUUGAUCAGCGGCUUGGGAGGAGAGAAGAACCGUUGGACAAACGCAGCGGCGAACUUGAAGAGUUCUUACGACACGUUGCCGGGUGAUAUUUUGAUCUCCUGCGGUAUGAUAGCGUACCUAGGCCCGUUCACGUCCAGCUACCGCAUCGAAAGUUUGGAAAAAUGGAUCAGCCACGUGAACAGCUUGAACAUACCGUGCUCGAAAGAUUACGACUUCGUCGAGGUACUCGGCACCGAGAUAAAGAUCAAUUCCUGGAAUAUAUUCGGCCUGCCUCGAGACUCGUUCUCCACCGAGAACGCCAUUGUCAUGGAUAACUCGAAGAGGUGGAGCCUGUUCAUCGAUCCCCAGAGUCAAGCGAACAAAUGGAUCCGCAACAUGGAGAAGCAGAACGAACUUGAAAUCGUCAAAUUGACGCACACGGAUUACAUGAAUGUCAUAGAGCAAGCGCUGGAGUACGGAAAGCCAGUACUGUUGGAGAACAUUCUCGAAGACUUGCCACCAGCUCUUGAUCCGAUAUUAACAAAAGCGAUAUAUAAAAUGGGCCCCCUGUGGUACGUCACGCUCGGCGAGAAAGUAGUCGAAUACGGUUUGUCGUUCAGGCUGUACAUCACGACGAAGCUACGCAAUCCGCAUUACCUGCCGGAGAUUUUCAACAAAGUGACCGUGAUCAAUUUCGCGUUAACGAUCGACGCACUGGAAGAUCAGUUGUUGGGCAUCGUGGUGGCGAAGGAGAGGCCCGACUUGCAGGAGAAGCGAGAAUACUUAAUCGUUCAGAGCGCCGCCAAUCGGCAGGCCUUGCAACAAGUGGAAGACAAUAUUUUGAGAACUCUGUCGGUAUCGGGAGCUAGGAUCCUGGAGGACGAGGAGGCCAUAGAAAUCUUGGAUUCGUCAAAGAUUCUCUCCAUCGAUAUAAUGAAGAAGCAGGCUGCCGCGAAGAAAACCGAGGUGCAGAUCGAAGGAUUCCGACAAAAUUACAAACCGAUCGCUAGGCACAGUUCAGCUGUCUACUACACCAUCACUGAUCUACCCAACAUCGAUCCCAUGUACCAAUUCUCCUUGGCUUGGUUCAUCAACCUGUACGUCAGUUCCAUCGACACUGCGAACAAAAGUAAAAUCCUCGAAAGAAGGCUGGCCUUUCUACGAGAGACUUUCACUUACAACUUGUAUCAAAAUGUCUGUAGAUCUCUGUUCGAGAAGGACAAGAUUUUGUACUCGUUUAUCUUGUACACGACGAUCUUGGUAUCGGAAAACACGAUCACGAGAGAGGAAAUGACGUUCUUUCUAUCCGGAGGGGUCGCAUUGGCCGCGAUAUCGGAAAAUCCAGCAUCCAGUUGGCUUCCGGAUAAAUCUUGGGGGGAGAUUUGCAGAGUUCACGCGUUGCCCAGCUUCGUCGACUUUCAGUCGGACUUCGUGCGCGAUUUAAACGCAUGGAAACGAUAUUACGAUUUGCCGAAUCCGGAAGACUCGCCGAUACCACACGCAUGGGAGACGAGUUUAACGCCUUUUCAAAAGCUAAUCGUCACAAGAAUGAUCAGACCCGACAAAGUGAUGAUCAUGAUUCAACGAUUCGUCGAAACUGGUAUUGGCUUGAAGUUCGUCUUACCGCCGCCAUUUGACAUAUCCAAGUCAUUCGGAGAGUCAAGUUCUCUGAUACCUUUGAUCUUCAUUUUAUCCCCGGGCUCAGAUCCGAUGGCAGCACUUACCACAUUCGCCGAGAACAUGAACUUUCUCGAGAGAUUCCACUCGAUCUCCCUGGGUCAGGGUCAAGGGCCGAUCGCCCAAAAGCUGAUUGAACAAGCACAAAACAACGGGGAGUGGGUGUGUUUGCAAAACUGCCACUUGGCUGCAUCUUGGAUGCCCGUGUUGGAACACAUCUGCGAACAAUUCGAUCCCUCGAAUACACAUGCCAACUUUCGUCUCUGGCUCACCAGUUAUCCGGCCGUUCACUUUCCAAUUACGAUCCUGCAGAACGGUGUCAAAAUGACAAACGAACCCCCGACCGGAUUGCAGAACAAUAUCAUGAGAUCCUACAAGUCCGAAGCCAGCAAAACUGUCGACUCAUUUGAUAACGAACCCAAUAAAAAGAGAACAUACUCGAAGUUGCUUUACGCUUUGUGCUUCUUUCACGCCGUGGUGCAGGAAAGACGAAAUUACGGUGCACAGGGUUGGAAUAUAAAAUAUGGUUUCAACGAAUCGGACCUCGAGAUAUCGGCCCAACAGCUUCAACUCUACAUAAAUGACUACGAGGAAGUUCCUUUCAAAGCCAUUGUCUAUUUAACCGGUGAAUGUAAUUACGGUGGCCGAGUCACCGACGACAGAGACCGAAGAUGCUUGAACACGAUACUUCAAGAUUUCUACAACCCGAAUGUAGUCACGGACCCGAAUUAUGCUUUCGCGGAUACCGGGCCUGAAUAUACCUUACCAAAAAAGCACGAAUACGAAGAUUACAUCAAACAGAUCCAAGGGAUUCCUUUAAACCCGUCGCCGGAGGCACUUGGACUGCACAUGAACGCGGGCAUCACCCGAGAUCUCGAACUGACGAAUGAAUUCUUUCUGUCCAUGAUGUUAAUCCAAGGAGCAGUGACGAUAGGCGAUACUACGAAACAGGACGAAAUGUUGUUGAACGUAAAAAGCGACAUUUACGACAGAAUGCCCGAACCGUUUGAUAUCGAGGAAGCGGAAAAGCGUUAUCCAAUCGUGUACAUGGAAUCCAUGAAUACCGUUUUGAUACAGGAAUUGAUAAGGUAUAACGUUCUCUUGCGUGAAAUUCGAGGAUCUCUCGACAUGCUGGAAAAAGCGGUGAGAGGAUUGAUAGUGAUGACUCCCGAGUUAGAGAUUCUAGCUGGUCAUAUAUUGAGCGCGAGAAUCCCGUCGUCUUGGGUGCAAGCGUGUGCUUAUCCAAGUUUGAAACCGUUGCCAAGUUUCAUCAACGAUUUCCUUGACCGGUUAAGCUUCUUUCGCAAAUGGUUGACAGAAGACAAGCCGGAAACGUUCUGGAUAUCUGGGUUCUCAUUUGUGCAUGCCUUUCUCACGGCAACGACGCAGAACUUUGCAAGAAAAUACCAGAUUCCUAUCGAUAGAAUUGACUUUAAUUUCGAGGUACUUCCUACGUACGAAUCGUACGAAUCUCCAGUGGAUGGUGUUUACGUUUAUGGCAUGUAUUUGGCCGGUGCAAGAUGGAACAUGCAAAGCAUGCUACUCGCUGAAAGUUAUCCAAAAAUUCUUUGGGAGGCUAUGCCAAUCAUUUGGAUGAAACCAAGCGUAGUGGAUUCUAUUCAUAUAGAAAAACGAUACGAAUGCCCUCUUUACAUAACUUCUGCGCGUUUUGGUGUUCUCAAGACAACAGGUCAUUCUACCAAUUACGUGUUGUCGAUCCUCUUGAGUACUAACUAUCCUGUCAGUCAUUGGAUUAAAAGAGGGCUGGCUCUUCUCUGCCAACUCGACAAU